AUGCUAGGGUUGAAAGGAGAUGCUUUUGGAGGUUCAAUGUCUUUUGAUAACAGGAGGAUUGGUGUUUAUCAUGGUAGAAGUUCAAGUUCAAUGGAGGAGGCCAUGUUGGAGGAGGCCAUGUUGGAGGAGGCCAUGUUGGAAAAGUUUCGGGUGGUUGGUAGUUCGAUAAGGGUCAUGGUUUGCACAAUUGCUUUUGGUCUUGGGGUUGAUAUUCCAGAUGUUGAUCUUGUUGUGAAUUUUGGUGUUCCUAGCAAGAAUAGUCCUCACAAUAGCAAAGUUAUAGGAGAUUUGAGGAAGCGCGCACUUGAGCAGAAUGCAAUGAUGGGACCAACUCAGAAAAUGUCCAUCACAGAUAUUGAAUUGGCAAUAUCAAGAGAAUUCAUAAAUUGUAAGAGGAGAGGAAAGGUGAUAACUCCUGAAGAAAAGGCAAAGAGAAACAUCAUAUCAAGAAAACAACAUACAAGAACCUGGAGAUCCUCGGGGAUUAAAUACCUCACUGAUGAAGAGAGGGAAAUGUGGAGUCGCGUCACUAAUGAUCUGUUAUCUGAUGAGGAAUUAGAUGAAGGUACCAAAACAAUCACAAGUCGUGCACCACGAUGGCGUUCAAACAGACUGAACAAUAUAAUAAGAAAACUGGAUGAGAAAACCUCUAUGUUGAGGGAUCCAAAAUAUAAACGUUUAAGGGGCCCAUUCUCUGAUAGGCCAAAACCAAGGGACACAGAAAGAAAUUAUGGUUUAUUAAACCAGUGAAAUGAUCUGCCUCCAACUUUUGGAGUUGUUAGAUAGUUUGCCCUUGGCCUCAGAGUCUGCUACAAAUUGGUAAUGACAUUUUCUGUGUUGGUGCCUGGUCUCAUUUACAUGAUUUAUAUGUAAUGUUGCACCUGUUCUCCAUUUUAGUAGCUAUUUUUUUAACAUGUCACAGUAAAACAUCAAAAUACAAUAAUCCAAACAUCAGUUAAACACAAACAAAAUUCCAAAAUAAUACCUGAAAUUUGGAUGUAGUUUUCAUAUACAUUUUGGAAUAUAGUUUCUCAUAUACAUUUUAAAAUAGGGAUGUCGUUUUUCAUAUACAUUUUGAAAUAUGGAUGUAGUUUUUCAUAAAGAUUCUGAAAUAUGGAUGCAGUAUUUCAUAUAGAUUCUGAAAUAUGGAUGUAGAUUUUC